AUGGAGACCGGCGCCGGCCCACAUCCGCUGCGCCUGUUGGUCUGCCUGAUGCCGCUCUGUCUGGCGUUGCUUUUGGCACCAGGGAGGCCCGGGACCGCCGAGGAAGUCAUCCUCCUGGAUUCCAAAGCCUCCCAGGCUGAGCUGGGCUGGACUGCACUGCCAAGUAAUGGGUGGGAGGAGAUCAGCGGCGUGGACGAGCAUGACCGUCCCAUCCGCACAUAUCAGGUGUGCAACGUGCUGGAGCCCAACCAGGACAACUGGUUGCAAACUGGCUGGAUCAGCCGUGGCCGCGGACAGCGCAUCUUCGUGGAGCUGCAGUUCACGCUGCGCGACUGCAGCAGCAUUCCGGGCGCCGCCGGCACCUGCAAGGAGACUUUCAACGUCUACUACCUGGAAACAGAGGCUGACCUGGGCCGCGGGCGUCCCCGCCCAGGUGGCAGCCGGCCCCGCAAGAUUGAUACAAUCGCGGCGGAUGAGAGCUUCACGCAGGGCGACCUGGGCGAGCGCAAGAUGAAGCUGAACACAGAGGUGCGCGAGAUCGGUCCGCUCAGCCGGCGGGGUUUCCACCUGGCCUUUCAGGACGUGGGCGCAUGCGUGGCGCUGGUCUCCGUGCGCGUCUACUACAAGCAGUGCCGCGCCACGGUGCGGGGCCUGGCGGCGUUCCCAGCCACCGCAGCCGAGAGCGCCUUCUCCACGCUGGUGGAGGUGACGGGAACGUGCGUGGCGCACGCAGAGGGGGAGCCCGGCAGCCCCCCGCGCAUGCACUGUGGCGCCGACGGUGAGUGGCUGGUGCCCGUGGGCCGCUGCAGCUGCAGUGCGGGAUUCCAGGAACGUGGUGACAUCUGUGAAGCCUGUCCCCCAGGGUUUUACAAGUUGUCCCCGCGCCGGCUGCUCUGCUCCCCGUGCCCAGAGCACAGCCGGGCCCUGGAAAACGCCUCCACGUUCUGCGUGUGCCAGGACAGCUACGCACGCUCGCCCACCGACCCGCCCUCGGCCUCCUGCACCCGGCCGCCAUCGGCGCCGCGGGACCUGCAGUACAGCCUGAGCCGCUCGCCGCUGGCGCUGAGGCUGCGCUGGCUGCCGCCCGCCGACUCCGGCGGCCGCUCGGACGUCACGUACUCGCUGCUGUGCCUGCGCUGCGGCCGCGAGGGCCCGGGGGGCGCGUGCGAGCCGUGCGGGCCGCGCGUGGCCUUCGUACCGCGCCAGGCCGGGCUGCGGGAGCGCGCCGCCACGCUGCUCCACCUGCGGCCCGGGGCGCGCUAUACCGUGCGCGUGGCGGCGCUCAACGGCGUGUCGGGCCCGGCUGCCGCCGCGGGAGCCACCUACGCUCAGGUCACCGUGUCCACGGGGCCCGGGGCGCCCUGGGAGGAGGAUGAGAUCCGCAGGGACCGAGUGGAGCCCCAGAGUGUGUCCCUGUCGUGGCGGGAGCCUAUCCCCGUCGGAGCUCCGGGGGCUAAUGGCACCGAAUACGAGAUCCGAUACUACGAGAAGGGUCAGAGUGAGCAGACUUACUCCACGGUGAAGACAGGGGCACCUGCGGUCACAGUCACCAACCUGAAGCCGGCUACCCGCUACGUCUUUCAGAUCCGGGCAGCUUCCCCAGGACCCUCCUGGGAGACCCAGAACUUCAAUCCCUCCAUUGAAGUGCAGACCCCAGGCGAGGCUGCCUCAGGGUCCAGGGGCCACAGCCCUGCGGCCGUCAUCACCGUGGUGACCGUCUCAGCCCUCCUCGUCCUGGGCUCUGUGAUGAGCGUGCUGGCCACGUGGAGGAGGUCCUGCCCCUAUGGCAAAGGAGGUCAGGACGCCCAUGACGAGGAGGAGCUGUAUUUCCACUUCAAAGUCCCGACGCGCCGCACGUUCUUAGACCCCCAGAGCUGUGGGGACCCGCUGCAGGCUGUUCAUCUGUUUGCCAAGGAGCUGGAUGCAAAAACCGUCACACUGGAGAAAAGCCUUGGAGCAGGGCGGUUCGGGGAGCUGUCCUUCGGCCGCCUGCAGCUCCCUGGCCGCCAGGAGCUCCCCGUGGCCGUGCACACGCUCAGGGACGGCUGCUCCGACUCCCAGAGGCUCAGCUUCCUGGCCGAGGCCCUCACCCUGGGCCAGUUCGACCACAGCCAUGUCGUGAGGCUGGAGGGUGUCGUCACCCGAGGAAGCACCUUGAUGAUUGUCACUGAGUACAUGAGCCAUGGGGCCCUGGAUGGCUUCCUGCGGAGGCAUGAGGGCCAGCUGGCGGCCGGGCAGCUGUUGGGGCUGCUGCCCGGGCUGGCGUCAGCCAUGAAGUAUCUCUCGGAAAUGGGCUACGUCCACCGGGGCCUGGCGGCCCGCCGUGUGCUACUCAGCGGUGGCCUUAUCUGCAAGAUCUCUGGCUUUGGGCGGGGCCCCCGGGACCGAGCAGAGGCUGUCUACACCACCAUGAGUGGCCGGAGCCCGGCACUGUGGGCCGCCCCUGAGACGCUUCAGUUUGGACACUUCAGCUCUGCCAGUGAUGUGUGGAGCUUUGGUGUCGUCAUGUGGGAGGUGAUGGCCUUUGGGGAGCGGCCCUACUGGGACAUGUCUGGCCAAGAUGUGAUCAAGGCAGUGGAGGAUGGCUUCCGGCUGCCACCCCCCAGGAACUGCCCCUCCCUCCUACACCGUCUGAUGCUAGACUGCUGGCAGAAGGACCCAAGUGAGCGGCCCAGGUUCUCCCAGAUCCACAGCAUCCUGAGCAAGAUGGUGCAGGACCCAGAACCCCCAAAGUGUGCCACGACCGCCUCCCCCAGGCCUCCCACCCCCCUGGCGGACCGUGCCUUCUCCACCUUUCCGUCCUUCGGCUCCGUGGGCGCAUGGCUGGAGGCCCUGGACCUGGGCCGCUACAAGGACAGCUUCACCGCCGGUGGCUACGGGAGCCUGGAGGCCGUGGCCGCCAUGGCCGCCCAGGACCUGGUGAGCCUGGGCAUCUCGUCGGCAGAACAUCGAGAGGCCCUCCUCAGCGGGAUCAGCGCCCUGCGGGCACGCGUGCUCCAGCUGCAAGGCCAGGGGGUGCAGGUGUGAGCCGCGCCAUCCUUCCAGGCCAGGACCCCAGCCCUCACAGGGACCCUGGCACGCCGUGCCCCGGCAGGGUGGAAGUGAGCGCGCUCUCCCUGCACUCGGGCCCAGAGCUUGUUUGCGACCACAGGGCCCCUCAUUUCACUGCCUACUCCUCCCAUUUUUCCCCAGUCUGAACACCUUGGCUGACCCAGUCUCCCUGGCCAGAGGGUUUAAAUUCCUGGGGAGAACCUCUGAGAUAACAGCAGGAGAAAAUGCAGGGCCCCAGGGACCAUGGUGGGCAGGAUGGAGAGGGAAGACCUAGCUUUAAAUAGCCUCAUUCAUGUUGUUCUGUCUUCCACACCCACUGGGGCCUGGGGCCUACCCCAGUGGGUGCCCCUAUUUCCCACAGACCUAUUGGCCAGUUGACAGCAUAGGUCCCUAAUAAGCUCCCAUGAGACCUGGCAGGGACCACCGCUGCCUGGCAGCCCAUCCUGGGGGGCUUGGAGAGGCGAGGUCCUCAGCUCCCUGGGCAUGGGCUCGGCCACACUGGUCCUGAGGCCCAGGCAGAGAAGGUGGUGCUGAGCUCCGGGGCUGGACCCCAAGACCCCAGACUCAGGAGCUGAUUUCUGCCUCCCUUGCCCUUGGGCUGAGAGUUCAGGGUGAGGGUGAGGGUCCUGGCUAGGCCAUCAAGGUUCUGGUGCUCCCCUGAGGCCCAGUGAGGCCUCCCGUUUGCAUUCCUUUUGUAAAUUCACUAGCCGGGACAUCUGAGAAGAGCAUGAGGGGAGAGGUUUUCUCCCUGGAGGACCCGUGAGCUUUGCUCAUCCGCCCCAGGGGAUGGUGAAGAGAUCUUCAGAGGUGGACCUUCCCUCUCUGACAGGCUCUGAGCCACACUGUGCAGAGGAAUGACGGAGGCUGGUGGAGGAGUCAGGGCCAGGACUGGGGUUGGAACUCAUGCCCCCAACUCCCAGUCCGGGGCUGAGGUUGGCUCUGGAGAGAGUCCUUGGUCCUACCUUGUGAUACCAACGCUUUUCCCCGAGGAAGCCUAGGGGUACUCUGAGGUGACCGCCUCUUGCAAGCGCUAUCUCCUGAGCACCCCUUAAGCCUCCUGGGGAGCACCUCCCUCUGGCUUCUGUGGGGCUCUGGCAGGAGUGGCCACCCUGAGCUAACUCCAGAGUUCCUUAUCCAGAAGGGCUUCCCAGAGGCGGUGGUGAUCACGAGGCCAGGGCUUUCAGAGGACAACAGGAAGGCAGCUGGAUCUGGACAGGAUUCCACGGGCUGUGUUUGUCCAGGUCACCCCUGCCAUAUGCCUACUCUGGGCUUGGCUG